UUAAAAUUCACGUACGAUGCAUGCAUACAUUUAGACCACAUAAAUCUGCAUAUCGAAUACUUAUCGUUGUCCGUUCAUCAACAUAAACAGAAACCGCUCGGCAAUUGUCAUUAGCAACCAUGAAGUCAGUGUUAACAGCGAUGAGCUGUGUGCUUUUGCAUUAUUUAAAUGGAAUAAUGUGCAGUGGAAACGGUGAAACCGCCUUGUUCUGGAGAAAUCUGGGUCGGGAGGAGCUCAGGCGCGCCAGGCGUCUACAGCCGAACAUCGCGGUGGCCAAGAACGUAAUGCUGUUCCUGGGGGACGGUAUGGGCGUAUCCACGGUAACCGCGGCGCGCAUUCUUCACGGGCAACUCCAGAACAAAACCGGGGAGGAGUCCGCGCUCGCAUUCGAGAACUUCCCUUACAUCGCCCUUUCUAAGACGUACAACCAGAACGCCCAAACAGCCGACUCUGCCGGCACCGCGACUGCCUUCCUGUCGGGGGUGAAAACCAACCUCGGCCUGCUGGGCAUGGACGCCCGCGCUGUGUUCCACAACUGCAGUAGCGCCCCGGGCACCGAGGUCACGAGCAUACUGCACUGGGCAUUGGCAGCUGGAAAGUCCGUUGGCCUGGUGACCACCACCCGAAUAACACACGCGACACCCGCCGCUGCGUAUGCGCACUCGCCGGACCGGGACUGGGAGAGCGAUUAUGACAUGCGCAGUGUGGCCGGAAACUGUACGGUAAAGGACAUAGCCACACAGCUCGUCGAGACGGACGGUAUACAGGUGAUAUUCGGUGGCGGACGGAUCAAGUUUCUCUUGAACGGCACACAUGAUCCGGAAGACGGUCUGAUUACCCGGGGACGCCUGGACAAGGAUCUCGUCAAGGUCUGGGAAGAUCGUCAACAGAGCAAGGGACGGCGGUACAAGUACGUCUGGAACCAGACAGAAUUCGACAACAUCGACCCAGCCUCCACAGACUUUGUCAUGGGCCUGUUCGGGAGCAGUCACAUGCAGUACUCGGUAGAUAUAUCCAACGACCCCGCCGGGGAGCCUUCCCUAGCCGACAUGACAGAGAAAGCAAUCAGAAUACUCAGCAAGAAUCCGAAAGGAUUUUUCCUGUUGGUGGAAGGCGGCCGUAUCGACCAUGGUCACCACGCCUCACAGGCUGUGAGGGCUCUCCAUGACACUGUAGCGUUCUCGGAGGCGGUAGAGAGGGGCGUGGCGCUGACCAGCGAGACUGACACACUGACAGUCACCACCGCGGACCACUCGCACGUGUUCACCAUCGGCGGGUACCCCAGCAGAGGGAAUCCUAUAUUCGGUUUGGCAGACGAACAAGGAAAGCUGAAGCUGGCGACGGACGGCAAACCGUACACAACUCUCGCGUACAGCAACGGACCGGGCGCGUACGCUAAUGGUGUCAAUUUUACACGCCCCAAUGUGACAUCGACCAACACGUCGCAUCCCAACUACCGCCAGCAGUCCGCCGUUCACUUCGACUCGGAGACUCACGGAGGGGAGGACGUGGCUAUCUACGCGCAGGGACCGAUGAGUCACCUCUUCCACGGCACGCACGAGCAGAGCUACAUCGCGCACGUGAUGGCUUUCUCCUCAUGCCUGGGGGACUAUUCCGAGCCGAGCACGUGCGCGCAGGCAGACGUCACCGCUUUAACCAGCACUGCGUGUUUGAUUGACGAUAGAGUUGUCUGGCUGAUUUAUUUGCUUGCGAUGGUGGCUUUUCAACUUUGAUGUCAAUGGACGUUGUUUUUAUUAUCUAGUGUUGUGUAAUAACUAUAGAAAAACCAAAGAUACCGAGAAUAAAACGAGACAUGACUUUUGUGAUUUUAUGUUUGUCACCGUGCAGUAUGUUAUAUUUAAAUCUCAUGUGUGUAUGUAGUAAUCGGAUAGUCAUCGAGUAGUUUCAAAUUAUGAGUUGACUUCCUGCGAACUGCCGAGCUAAUUUUGGUGUUUAUCGAAAUCCAUGUAUCAGGGGAUCGAGUAAGAUGACUUAGAUUGGGUCACGUGAAGAUUCCAUUUUUAACAAGGGUCCAUAUUUCCUAUUAUAAUCCUAUUGUAUAAUUCAAAAUUCAUAGUUCAUAAUAAAAACUUCUCUCAUUUA